AUGCCUGAUUUGACGCUUCAAUAUACCAACGAACUUGAUCCUCAGCACUCUUGCUCCAAGGACCUGACGGUGGAGGAAGACAAGCAAACCUUCUAUGACUCUUUGAAGCACCAAGUAAGAGCAUUGCAGGAAUACUCCAAUGCAUUCUUUACAGAAAAAAUGAAGUAUGAGACGAAAAUCGACGUUCCUGAAGAGCAACCCAUCAUGCUCUAA